UUUAAUUUAAAAAUAUCUGCAGUUUUUCUUAAAUUAGUUAAAAACGGCUUAUCCAAAAUUGUUCAAAUUUGGUAAAUGCAUUUAAUAUACGCAGACCUUUUAAAAACCUAUUAACGAUUUCGCUGUAAACUCAACAGGGGAGCCAAUAUUUGGACAAUUCAAAAUUUACAAGAGAUUUCCUAUAUUUUCAACGCCAAUGCACCACCAGAUAUAAGAAGUUGCCCAAUUCAGAAUCGCCACGGAAUGUCCUAUUUCGAAGAAUAUGGUUUCUCUACAAAAAUUUGUCGAGUGUUUAAUGUAUAUAGUUUGGAUUUUCGGAUAUGCACAGUGUCAAGUGUCAAGGCCCAAGACAUUUCAACAGAUAAUUCGCGAAACAUCUAUGUUCAAUGCGGGCAACUUCGUCAUUAGAUACCCCGGAAAAAGCAACGCCAGACUGCAGCCUAGAAUUUCGAUAUCCAUGCCGUUUCCUUGCAAGAAUUUCACCGAGGCAGGAAUAGGAAGGUCUCUCAGUAGACCGACCACUGUCCAUCGAUUGCGACCGGGUGACAUCGACGUCAUUGGAGCCAUGGGCGACUCGUUGGUCGCAGGCAACGGGGCUUUGGAAGAGUUUGCCAUGGGGACUAUGAUAGAGAACAGAGGCGUCUCAUGGUGUGCAGGUGGCGAAAGCACAUGGCGUCAAUAUAUCACACUGCCCAACAUUCUAAAAGAGUUCAAUCCAAAUUUACGAGGAUAUUCUACUGGAACUGGAGAAUUUUUAUCUGCAAAGGCCAAACUAAACGUUGCUUUCCCGGUGGCAGCCGACGCUGAUGCUUUAAGACAAGCCAAAUUUCUAGUCAAAAAGAUGAUAGAGGAUCCGAAUAUAAACAUACAAGAGGAUUGGAAAAUGAUAACGAUAUUUUUUGGUGCUAACGAUAUAUGUUCAGCACAAUGCUUCGAUCCGAUCGAGGCCUCGGCGAGCAGUCACGCUUUGAAGCUGAUGAGGGCAUUAGAUUAUUUAUACAGCAAAUUACCUCGAGUAUUUGUUAAUUUAAUACCAGUUUUAGAUGUAUCAGUAAGUAUUAGGAUUAAGCGAACGAUGACGUGUAGAUUUUUUCAUACACUGUUUUGUACCUGCUUCCAUAGGGGUAGAAAACCCUUGGACAUUAUUACAAAUCUUACUCAGGAAUAUCAGAAAGAAGAAGAAAACUUGAUAUUUAGUGGGCGAUAUGAUCAGAGGGAUGACUUCACAGUGGUCAUCCAGCCAUUUAUGAAACUUUUUAACGCACCUGAAGAUCCAUCCAGAAGACUCGACGAAGUCAUUGAUAUUUCAUACAUAACUCAUGACUGUUUCCAUUUUUCUCAGAAAGGACAUGCACUCGCUGCCAAUAUGUUAUGGAACAAUUUACUUCAACCAGUUAGUUUAAAAAGUCAAAGGAAACUAAACUACAUCCUGGAGAAAUUUGAGUGUCCUAAAAGUAAUGCGCCAUAUCUGUUUACAUAUAAGAAUUCAAAGUCGUAUUUCAAUACAGGUUUUCAAUAA